UAAUUUGGUCCUAAUUUCAGGGGAUACUAUACAUCUUUUUUUUAAACAAAACAAGCAUGUGAUCUUGAUGAUUGAAACCAAAUAAAACGCAACAAUAUGCUGGACCCCUCGAGUUUGUAUGCGCUGUUGGUUUGCGGCGUAUUGAUUGCGAUAUUCUUCGUGGCUGGCUGUCAGUUCUUUUAUCGCAAAGAAUUGAAAGUGUUUCAAGAAAAUGAGGGAUCCGGAGAUUUAUCGAAAAAUUCCGACGACCGAGAAUCGCCGAAUGGUGCCGAUGAUUUGGAAAAGGCUUCGUCCAAUAAGACGCAUCAACAGGAUCCCGACGAAGAUUCGUUGAGGUCUUUCAGACUGCCUGAAGAAGAUGGUAAUUUGACAUCAAUGAGAAUUCACUCACAAGGAGGACAAGAGACGGAGAAAGUCGGAUCUAGUUCAACUAGAAGUGAUUCAUCAGAGUCAAUUUCACAAGUGGUAAAAAGUGAUUCGUCACAAUCACUUUCAAGCAGUCAAAUGGGGAAAUCGGUUCAUGUUCCGGAAAGCGAAAAAUCCAUAGAUUUUGACGUACCUGAAGAAGUCAUUGCGUCAAAAAAUGAAGAGUUUUCAUUCAGUAAAUUGUGAUUUUUUUAAAUAUGCCUUAAAGUGUUGCAAAUGAACGUCUUUAGCUCGCAUGCUUUCAUUUAUUGGAGAAAUUGUUGCUCUCGUAAAUUUCUUGGAAGACAUUCACCAGCAGAAUACAUAUGCUGCAAAUAUAAUAUUCCAAGCUCGAAAUGCAAGUGUAUCUAUAUUCUAUAGUGAGGGAUUUUCUGGAGUAUAAAAACUGCUUUAUCUAAAGGCAAAUCAGUGGUAAGCUUGAAUAUUUUAAAACAUAAAUGCUUCCGUUUUUUCCCGCAUGGAGAAAGAGGAGCAUAUAUACGCUAAUUUUCUUAAAGCACAAAACAGUCUUUUAAAAGUGGGCUAAAUUUGUUUUCGUGUAACUCUAUUGUUUACAGUGAAAAAUUCAGUUCGCGUCCAACGUUCGUGAAAAACGUUCGAUUCAUUCAUCCAUAAAUCUUCACGAAAUAAUACAGAGUAUUUGUUUUAUUUUCACAAAAGCAAGAGAAAUAUUACAAGAAUAGAAGCAGCUAUACCAAAAGCAAUCCUAUAAGAAGCAACAGCAUUCGGUUAAUCAUUUGCAUGGAAAAUUAUGUAAAAAACUGGGGGUCCUUCAUUUUUAUUCUUCAAUGCUUUCCACAUUUCUUAAUACUGUAAUUCGAUUUUUUUUCAAAGAACUACUGUAUUCUAAAAGCUCCUGAAUGACUGAUACGAAGUUAAGAGAUCCUCGCAAUGAAAAUUUGCCAAUUGAAUCGCAGUGGAUGCUGUCUCUUUCUUUUUUGUAUGAACCAGUAUCGAAUUUUUAGGGCUUAAGUACAUGCAGUACAGUAUUUUGAAAUUGAAACCCAUCAAUGUCCAACUGAUUCAAGAGUUAUAUAUCUUGCAAGGAACUUAAACAUUUUAAAACUUAUUAAAUUUGUCAUAUACAGUAUUUUGAAGCUCUUCUUUGGGCUGAAAUUGAAAAUCGGGUUAAUUUUGUUCGUCUGCAGAAAUAUUCGAACGUUUGUCAAACAUUUGAAAAUGUAUAUUAAUAUUUUUUAACCGAUUUCAAAA